AUGCUGGUCGCCCUUCCUCGCUUUAGGUUGAAGCAACAAAUUCAGGAGCCAAGAGAAGUUAGGUCGGAGAAACUGGACAUGAGCCUUUUCAAGGAUAAAGGACCUCUUGUUAUGCAGUCUUCAUUUAGUGGAGACGUGAAACACGCUCUGCAAGACAUGCGAUCUGUGAGUCUUCACACCCUUGUGUUCGACACCGCACAGAAUUCCCUCGUCAAAAUUGGGACCGAAGUUGAACAAAUGAUUGGGGGAACAGAGGAAACGCAAAAAAGCAAGACAAAUAGCUUGAUCACAUGCAAAUCAACUACUGAACUAACGAAAACGAAAACACCAAUAGGUUCCGGCGAAAGCAUCCCUGAUGAACGACUGCAAUGGAUGGCAACCUUUGGAGAUCUUGUUGGUCAACUAAAGCGCUAUACAGAAGAACUCACUCAUUCUGCACUCUUCUUCCAGGAUCUGGCGACGUGCGUCACUGCAUCGAUAUCCGAAAAAGGGAAGGCAACAGGAGGUAGCAGCGAGUAUAGCUCAGCCGAAAAAAUACUUCCGCUGACAAGCACUGAAAAAAUGAAAUCGUCCAAGCCUCAUCCUAGUUCAAUAGCGACGUCUGGCUCAGCGGAAAAGACGGCAUCACCUACAACAAAACAACAUAUCUAG